GUCAGUUCAAGUACACAACUUUACAGCUCUGUUAAGUUGCUAUCACUCAAGAGCGUUUCAAAUAUUCGGAUCGAUAAUAACAAGCCGUUAUUAUCAAUACAAGAAGAGACACCGUUAGUAUUACAUCUACUAAUGAUAUCAACGAAUCGAAAAUGGGUUGGCAGUAUGUCGUUUUGAUUCUAUGCAGCGUUGAAAUAGCUCGUUGCCAAAAUACAAAUACAUUUCCGUUGGUUAACGUGAACGAUAGCGUCGCUGGAGUGGCGUCAACCACACAGAAAACUUACACGACCAAGGUUCGCCUCAUCGCAACAACCACUACAAUUACUGCGUUUUCACCUGCAGCAUUUCAAACAGCGGCAACCGCGUUUUACUCCACUACACUGGGUGGGGCGUUCGCUGUGGUGAGGAACAUAGUAGGGGUAGCAGGUCCAUCAAGCACUGCUGGGUUGCCAACGUUUGACGUAACAUACAACGUCGCUUACUCGUUUUCCGUUUUACAAAGUCCUCCUGUUGUCACGGACCAAGACGUUACGACUGAGAUAGGAACCUACCAAGCUGUGAUAAACGGGAUCACUAAUGUACCUGGGAGCUCUUUGAACAACUUCUACGUCUUUGAUAUAAAUCCUAGUGUGUUUACAUUCACCGGUUCUAGUAUUUGCAAUGCUGCUGGAACGAAUUGUACAGCGAAUACAGUUUGUAAUGAAACGCUUGCUGGUGUAACUGUUAUUUGUGUCUCUGGUUGCAAGAUGGGAUAUUGCCAGAACAACGGAACUUGUGAGCAGGCGAGCGUUUCCGUAGCCCCAACUUGCACUUGCCUUUCCAAAGCCGAUGUCUGGUUUCUUGGCUCCACAUGCCAAACACGAGUUGAACUGUGGAUGGUGAUUGUGGCCGCUGUUCUUGCGUUUCUUCUCAUCAUUGCUGCCAUCUUACUGGCGUGUUGCUGCUAUGCUACAAAGCGACGAAAGAAGGAAAAAGAAGCGGAUACGUUUUUGGUGAACGGUAAAGAUCAAUUCUACACCAACAAAGCUUAUCUGAACAACGAAGCUGUUGUGAAGCCUGUUAAAGUCGAAGCUAUGCCGAGAUAUGAGGAAAGAAACGUGGACGCUUACAUCGCGAGAAGACGGCGAUCACGUUCUCGUUCAACGUCCAGGGAUCGCCAUCGAAGAAGGGAAAGAAGACGAAGUGACGACAGCAGUCGCCAUCGACGUCACCGUUACUAUGACGACGAAUCAAGCCGCCGACGUCACAGAAGAAGCAACAGCAGUGUCAGCAGCUACAACAGUUUUGAAAGUUCUGACAGCAGCGACGAGGAAAAUACAAUUACUAACGCGACCCCAGCCACUUCCACAGCACAUCGAGCACCAUCUUCGACGUCCAGUUCAACUUCACACGAUUCAGCAAGCGUGGGUGUUCAAGACGCCGGCAAUUCCCCAAUUCGUUGGUUGGAAACGGAAAAAUCUCCCCCAAAAGCGGGAGGCAAUAAAUUAGGCAAGAUCGAUAUCGCUGCUAGGAAAGGUUGGAUGCCAAGUCUUGGUCCUCAGAUGUUUGAUAUUGGUAGCCAAGAAAGAUUGGACAAGCAAGACACGCUACCAGGUUACGGCGAAACCGAUAUAUAACAAAAACUGCACAGUAGAGGUCCGUAUAUAAACAUGUCACUACACGACUACAGGGUGCUCGGAAAGCAACUGCGAACUUACAUAUAAGACUGUGGGGGAAGAUGAGACACCUUGAUCACAUAAUACCCAAAUAUCCUGAUCGCAUUUCAAACAAUUAACAUCGGUCUAUGGGAGUCGUGAGGAUACGGUUUUAUAAUUCUUAAGAAUGUUCUUUGUUAACUACCAAAUGGGACGAGAAAAUAGAAUUAAAAGAAAGUGACCCACGUUAGCAUCAAUACAGGCUUGGACCCUUCUUAUUUUAUUUCUAAACACCUCAAUCA